AUGUGUACGAUAUACGGCCAUCUACGAUCUACGAUAUUGCUUCAAUCUUGUAACAAUAUAUUCCUCCUUGUAAUGUCUUCCGCAAACCACAUCCCUACACGGUGGGAGAAAGGCUUCGCGAUCGUCACCGUCUUCCAUGCUGCAUCCUCGUGUACCCCAUGGAUACAAGGAAGCACGGCAUCUGUGGGGCCCCCAACCCGACCUACCUGUAAAGUGAGUGUAAAUGCCCUUUCGUCCACAGUGCUCGAAGUACCGCUCGGCAACCAGCGCAAAGACAUCCUUCCCUUUCGACAAACAGAAAAAACUCCCAUCAAGCCUUCUCCCGCGAAAAAAAAUAUGGUAAUCACCGUCUGGUCUCGUGCUGAAUGA